GCGUCAUUUAACUAUACAUAUUGCUCUUGUGUCCACGUGUUUCGUCCAUCGUAUCAAGUGCAUUUAGUCCAUGAAGUUAUUAAGUAAUUUUUAGUUCCUUACUUAACACGUUGAGUACCACGUCAAUUAUCCCCGUCAGGCCACGCGCGCAGCUUAGAAGUUGUUGAGCACUCUUUGAUAAACUGCAAAUACAUAUUUUGAUUUAUCUACUUGGUAUCUAUUCGUGCUGAGGCUAAUAAUGUGUGGUAUUUGGGCUGUGUUUGGCUUCGGCAACAAUGGACUCUUAUGUGCAUGCCACAACUUUCCCAAAAUAUCCCAUCGAGGACCAGAUGCCUUUAAAAUAGAAUAUGAUAGUCGGGUUCAGAAUGGUUAUCUCGGCUUUCAUAGACUUUCUAUUAUGGAUUCACUCUGUGGAAUGCAACCAAUGAGAUUACACAAAUAUCCACAAUUGUUUUUGAUCUGCAAUGGAGAAUUAUACAACUAUGCAAGGCUGAAAAAACAGUAUGAUUUUGAAUAUGUCACAAAAUGUGAUGUCGAAGUGAUUAUGCAUAUCUAUGAGGAACUAGGUGCAGAUGCCACAGCUCAGGCUUUGGAUGGAGUCUUUGCAUUUUGUUUACUAGACAUUAAGAGAUCAAGAAUUCUUAUUGCCAGAGAUCCUUAUGGUGUAAGGCCCCUUUUCCGAUUGAGGGACAAAAAUGGUCAAUUGGGUAUAUGCUCAGAAAGCAAGGGUCUUAUGGAUAUGGUAAAAAGUUAUCCAAGUGAUUGGACUCUGGAACCAUUCCCACCAGGACAUUACGAGGAAUAUGAACUUUUACCAGAUGGAAAAACGAAACUUUUGACAAGUGUCAAUUAUCACAAGCCUGGUGACAAGCCAAAGUUUCAAGAAUAUAUUCCUUGGAAUACUUUGAGUCCUAAGGACAUUCAUGGGAACAUUAGGAAAUUAUUAACAGCAGCUGUAGAAAAGCGCCUAAUGGCAGACAGGAGAAUCGGCUGUUUGUUAUCCGGUGGUCUUGAUUCCAGUUUGGUAGCAGCACUACUUGUUAAACUUUCCAAAGCAAAUAAUUUUCCUUAUAAAAUUCAAAGUUUUGCAAUCGGAAUGGGUGACAGUCCAGAUAUUGUGGCAGCACGACAGGUCGCUGAUUACCUUGGAACUGAUCAUCAUGAAAUUAGUUUUACGCCUAAAGAUGUUAUAGAAGUGUUGGAUGACGUGAUUUAUCAACUGGAAACUUUUGAUAUUACCACAAUCCGCGCUUCCAUUGGAAUGUACCUAAUUUCAAGGUAUAUUAAACGCAACACCGAUACCGCUGUGAUAUUUAGUGGAGAGGGUGCCGACGAAUUGGCACAAGGCUAUAUUUACUUUCGGGAUGCACCAAGUAAAAUUGAUGCUCACAAUGAAUCAUUAAGAUUGCUCAAAGAUAUUUAUUUGUAUGAUGGGCUGAGAGCUGAUAGAACAACUAGUUCAUUUAGUUUGGAGCUCCGAGUACCCUUUUUAGAUCUACAGUUUACAAACUAUUACCUUUCAUUAGAUCCUGCUUUAAGGCAGCCUCAAGAUAGCAUUGAAAAACAUUUACUGAGAUCUGCCUUUGAUAACACUGAUUUAUUACCUUCAAACAUUCUAUGGAGACACAAGGAAGCCUUUAGUGAUGGUGUUGCUUCGAUAAAAAAGUCACUAUUCCAAAUAAUCCAGGAUCUAAUAGAAGAUCGUGUUCAGGAUGUAGAGUUGAAACAAGCUUAUAUUACCUACCCUCACUGUACUCCAGAAACAAAAGAAGCGUUUUAUUACAGGAAAGUUUUUGAAUCUCAUUAUGGUGGACAAGCAGAAAAAUUUACUCCAUACUUUUGGAUGCCACGAUGGAUCAAGGGUAUAUCAGAUCCAUCAGCUAGAUUCAUAACCCAUUAUAAAACAGAUGAGAAAGUGGAAGAUUAACUAAGCAUUGUCAUAUUUAUAGACAUUGGAAUUAACUGUUUUGUAAAAACAUGGCUAGUAAAUAAUAAUACAAUAAAAUUAAAGUUAAAUUUAUAUUCUA